AUGGAUUACUCCGAUUUAAAUAUAAAAAUAGAAUAUUUGGCUUCCUGUGGAAUAAUUUUAACUCCAGAACAGAAAGCGACUUUGCAAACGUCAUUGACGUUACUCAAAUAUGAACAAAAAUUUACAGCUGUUAACUUCUGGGGUAUAAUAAAAGGAAUUCAUGGCGAUUAUUAUAUCGCACAAGGCAUAGGCAAAGAUUACCUAAAAGGUAUUAAAAACCUCUACAGUAAAGAUUGCAUAACUUGGUGUUUGAUGCCUAUUCCUUCCAAAUCCGAUAUUAAAAAGUCUAAGCACUUUAAAAUGCGCUUUACUGGCGAUCCACAGAAUGAAUUUGAGAUCACCAAACUUGAUCAAAAUCUGAACGGCGAUGAAGUUGUUCAAGAUGAAGAAAAAAUCAAAAUGAAGGAAGAAGAUAGAUUAGCAGCUGUUAUAAAUAGGAUUGAUAGUGAUGUACGUACAAUUCCAAAAGGGUCAUUCAUUCGAUUGCCAACCGGUCAAAUCAUAAGAAAUCGGAACUACGAAGGAUUAUCAUUCGCCGAUUCAUCAAAACUAUCGUCUUACCUUCAUUUCAGGAAGCCGCUCGAGCAUCUUCAAUUCCCACCUGAAGAUACCUGCAAUGCAAACAGGGCCACCGAUUUUUUAGACACGCUUGAAAAAGACAUACCAAAGGGCUGCUGGACAUUGCUGUUUGAACGCGGAAACACAAUUGUAUACCUCAAAAGUCUUUUGUGGUUAGGAUAUAUUCUCUUUCAUAUUCCUGAAAAGCCCAUCUACGGAAGCAUCUAUGUUGGCUAUGGCGAUUAUAAUAUUGAUCUUCCCUUUAUGCUUUAG